CGUGACGAUUACGUCGCCGGAAGUCGGGACGAUAGAGACGCGCCGCAUGGGCUGCGCGCGCCGGCCGACAGCCGAGCUGCCGUCGAGGCGAUCCGCGGGCCCGGUCCCCUGGCGGGCGGGCGGCGCAGCCCAUGCCCGUGACCCCGCCUUAAACACCGAGGGUUCGAGUCCCGCCCCCGCCGUGCCAGAGGCCCUGCGGCCUUCCCGCUCUCCGCGCGUCCCCUGUGUGCCAGGCCCUGGACGAGGUGACGGACGGACCGGACGAUGGAUGACGAGCUCGACAGCGGAGGCCGGGCGCACGUGCAGGGCCCCGACCAGGACGGCCCCGGCGCUCCGGGCAGCCCCGCGGCCCCAGGACCCCAGCAGGAGGAGGAGGAGCAGGACGCCGAGGCCGCGGGGCCUGGGGCUCCGCCUGGGCCCUACAGUUACAUCCGGGCGGGCCUGUUCACUUCGGAGAUCUUCAAGUUGGAGCUGCAGAACGUACCGCGCCACGCCAGCUUCAGCGACGUGCGGCGCUUCCUGGGCCGCUUUGGGCUGCAGCCCCACAAAACGAAACUCUUCGGGCAGCCUCCCUGCGCCUUCGUGACAUUCCGCAACGCCGCCGAGCGCGACAAGGCCCUUCGAGUGCUGCAUGGCGCCCUGUGGAAGGGCCGCCCUCUCAGCGUGCGUCUGGCCAGGCCCAAGGCUGAUCCCAUGGCCAGGAAGAGGCAGCGUGAGGAUGAGGGUGAGCCGCCGGCCCCACUGGCCACGUGCAUCGCUGAUGUAGUCACCCCUCUUUGGGCCGUGCCCUACCAGGAGCAGCUUGAGCGGAAGCGGAUGGAGUGUGAGCAGGUGCUGCAGAAGCUGGCCAAGGAAGUUGGGAGCACCAGCCGCGCCACGCUUCCUUGGCUGCCCUCACAGAGGCACAAGCACAACAAGGUCUGCUGCCCCCUGGAGGGGGUCAGGCCGUCACCCCAGCAGACCGAGUACCGCAACAAGUGUGAGUUUCUGGUCGGCAUCGGGGUGGAUGGGGAAGACAACACAGUUGGCUGCCGACUGGGCAAGUACAAGGGCGGGACGUGUGCCGUGGCAGCCCCAUACGACACCCUGCACAUCCCCGGGGCCACCAAGCAGGUGGUGAAGGCCUUCCAGGAGUUCAUCCGGUCUACUCCAUACUCGGCCUACGACCCCGAGACGUACUCGGGCCACUGGAAGCAGCUGACUGUGCGCACCAGCCGCCGUGGCCAAGCCAUGGCCAUUGCCUACUUUCACCCCCAGAAACUGAGCCCUGAGGAGCUGGCGGCGCUGAAGGCCUCUCUGGCCCAGCACUUCAUGGUGGGGCCAGGCAAGGCCAGUGGGGUGACCUGCCUCUACUUCGUGGAGGAGGGACAACGAAAGGCUCCUAGUCAGGAGGGCCUGCCUCUGGAGCACGUGGCUGGGGACCGGUGUAUCCACGAGGACCUGCUGGGAUUGACCUUCCGGAUCUCCCCUCAUGCCUUCUUCCAGGUGAACACCCCCGCGGCCGAGGUGCUCUAUACAGUCAUCCAGGACUGGGCCCAGCUGGACUCGGGGACCACAGUGCUGGACGUGUGCUGUGGCACCGGCACCAUCGGCCUGGCCCUGGCCCGGAAGGUGAAGAGAGUUGUGGGGAUCGAGCUGUGCCAGGAGGCUGUGGAGGACGCCCGGGUGAAUGCCUUGGACAACGGACUGCCGUGCUUAUCUGCAGAGCUAAGCAACGUCGAGUUCCACUGUGGGAGGGCGGAGGACCUGGUGCCCACCCUGGUGAGCAGACUGGCUUCCCAGCAGCUCGUUGCUGUCCUGGAUCCGCCCCGUGCCGGACUGCAUUCCAAGGUGAUCCUGGCCAUCCGCAGAGCCGAGAACCUCAAGCGGCUCCUGUACGUCUCCUGCAACCCCCGGGCAGCAAUGGGCAAUUUUGUGGACCUCUGUAGGGUUCCAUCCAACCGCGUCAAGGGCACUCCGUUCCGGCCAGUCAAGGCUGUGGCCGUGGACCUGUUCCCGCAGACCCCGCACUGUGAGAUGCUGGUCUUGUUUGAGAGGGUGGAGCACCCUCUCAGCACGGGGGCCCUGGAGCCCCGGGAUCCUCCAGCCGAGCCCCCACCAGGGCUGCCAGAUGACACCCCACAGGAAACCCAGGCCUCCCCGCCUUCUUAGGACCCUGGGGCAGCAGAAACCAGCUUUUCCAGAACAGCACCUGGACUGCAUCAUGGGCAGAAGCCCAGGGGCUUCCAGGGCCCUUCCCCGCCCCAGGACACAGGCAGCAGCUACUGAAGACCAGACCAACUGUCCCUGUAGGCUCUUGUGGCCGGCUAUCCCUCACCCCCAUCCUUCUCAGGCCAGCUGGGUCACAAGGGACAGAAUAAACAGGUGCCCAACUGUUGAUGUUUGUGGUAAGAACCCAGAGCCUGACACACGAGGGCUCCUUCUGCCCCCCCUCCACAGGUGCAAAGGGCACCCCAAGAACUGGCCCAGUCAGAGCAGCUCCCCCAGCCCCUCUGUGCCAUCAGGCGUCCCAGCAGAAGUUGCUGUUGAUAGAAUACCUAGUUUUAUGUUUAACUCAGAGAAGCAGAGAUGUGGGUCUUCUCGGGGUGGAGGGCACAGCACCAGCCCCGCUGACAUUCCCCACUGCAGGCAGGCCCAGGGCUUAGCCGUUCCUGAGUCUCAUCCUAGCCCCAUCCCUGAAGUGAGGCUAUUUCCUGGUGACACAGGAACUGGGUGGGGCUGGGACAUUACUUGGCAGCAGUGGGAACUGUUGUGUCCAGCCAAAUGCCCUGGCCUUCAAAGGGUCUGGCUACUUGAGGGUCCACAGCCGCCCCCCCCCCCCCCCUGUUAAAAGUAAGACAGACCAUUUCCUUUUGGAUAGAUUUAAUUUAUGCAUUUGGACAAUCAGGGCUCGUCCUUACAGCCAUGGUCCAGCUGCCACGUGGGAAAUAUGUGGGGAGUGGUGCCCUCAACACAGGCUCUCGCUGCCCUCUGCCCCCGCAACGUGACUGUUCACAUGGCACUGGCACCUGCACACAGGGCACAGAGGGAGGGGGACCCAGGAAGGCCGUGGCGAGGCUUGCCUGCCUCUAAGAACAUGUGCACAAAGCUUUGGUUUGUGAUGGUGCAUCUGGCUGUUUUAAGGGCAAACAGUCCUGGUCAGGUGGUUAUUCACAACUGCAGACAGGGCGAGAGACAUGAAAGUGUAAUUACAGCAACUUGCCUGUGGGCUCCGUCCUACAAGGGUCAGCAUGGGAGCUGACCCCGGUCAUGUCGGGGUGAGGAAGGGGUGCCACCGUGAGCACAUGCGUCCUCAACAGGUGCUGGGGGGCAGGAGCCAAUGGCUCACCACCACCAGCUCACAUGGGGACAUCCUAGGGCCCCAAGCUCAGCCAUGUCCCCUGGGGCUCAGGGUAGGGACAGACUACCGCACACCCGUCCACAGGGGCCACCUGGAAAGCAGACUGCUGGUCACCAGACCAGGCCACACAGGGUGGCUGCUCUAGAAAUCCUGCGCCAUCACACAGGGCGCAGGACUCCCUCCACGUGUUCAUGCCAGCCUGCAAUUGAGAACUGGCUGCACUGAAGGUCCUUGUCUUCUCUAAAUAAAGUCCACAAGCUAAAAUGCA